GUCUACCCAUCGGACAGCGAAUACGUUAAGUCCACGUGGUGUUUCUGUCCAGGGAAAAUCUCCCACCCGAGAAACCCCGCCGACCACCCACCGCGUUGUACUAUACAUUUUAUAAAUGCUGCAACCCAUUCGCGUGGCUCUUCCGAACGCGCGAUUGUACAGCUCGACACAAUUUUUUAUGUAUAAUCUCCCGAUCAGUUGAAUAUUUUUAGAAUACAUAUGUAGUUCACUUCGCGCAUGAAUAAGUUCUUGGCUUGGCGAGAAUUACUGAAAUUAAUUUGCUCGUUGGUUUCGACGUAUCGAUUCGGCUAGAUGUAUUAUCUUUGGUGUACAUUAGGUAAUGACUAAAAGGAUUAUAUUGGCCGCCCGAAUGAUCGAGAGAUAUCAUCACCCAUACUUAUAAAUUUGUCAGCUGUAAAUCAUACCGAUAUGCUAGUAGAAUUAUAAUAAAUUAGCGAAAGCUUGAUGGACGAGGGUUGCAAUUACAUGUGAUGAAAUAUCAAAAAAAAAAUAUGAAUUCCCUGUUGGAUUCAUUUCUAGAAAAAAAAACGUGAGGAUUUCAACGUUGAAAAGAGGCGAAGUAUAUGAAGAGUAAAACAUGACAAAUUGGUAUAAUUAUCAAGAAUGUCGAUGGAUAAUUCCAGGAAAGAUUUACAUCGAGAUCCGUCGUCUGGAAUUCGCAACAUAGUUUUUAACGUGAAUAUCUCGAAACAAUGUAGGCGAAAGUAUGCUAGCGAUAAAUGAAAUUAGAGUACCAUAUGAUAAUGAGAAUAUUACGCGCGCGAAACGCACUGGUACAACGUUAGUUCCAACAUACAAAUGUGAGUAAAUAUGAAUUCCGCAUAUUAUAACGACACCGUUGCGACUAGGAUAACUAACAAUAAGUAAAAAUGUGACACAGUGCGCGCACAACUGAAUUAUUGAGCUGGACCCUAGGACUGGUUUUAUGUUUAUAUCCUUUUUACUAGUUCAAAACCGGUUAUUGCAACAAUUUUUUUUCUUCGUAAAUACCGCUCAUCGUUUCUACUGCUCGUCUGAAGAUUAGCUUUAUCGUAUCGAUUUGUUCCACGAAACCAGAGAUUGAAGAAGAUACGACCAGCGGCGGUUACUUCCAUUUCAUCACUCAACGCGAGCACUUAUAUUUUUUCCAUGCAAAUAGAAUUCUCAGUUUUUUAUUUCCGUCCACGUAGCACAACCGACGUUUUUCCCAAGCUUUUCCCUUUUCCAUAUACCUACUUUUUCAUUUCGUUAAAAUUGUGUGCCGCAGGGUGCUUCUCAUGCAAUUGAACGUGUCAACCCAGAUAUAGUUCGGACUGCAAGUUUUCGGGCACGUAUGUGGCAUACUGAAACUAUAAAGAAAAAAACAAAAAGAAAAAAUAAACCAAAAAUAACCACCAUAAGUGGUAAGACCAUCAAACGCAGCUGCUAUUCACCAUUAUUAUUGAGUCAUUUCGGGGUAGACUUCGUUUCAAUGGGUUAACGUGUUUAUAAAACUACACGUUCAGCAGUCUGUAGGAGUUCGACGACCAUUACGUAAAUGAAUUGAAAAUUCACCGACGUAUGUAGAUAUCGUAUACCUGUUUAUAUUAUCUACUGUACGAGUAGAAAUUUACUCGCCGCAAUUGUAACCCUUGCAAUUAGUUUUGCGAAUGAAGGCUACAUUUACUAAUAUUUUUCUCCCAGCAUUUUGUUGCCAACGAACUUGACAUGUGGUCCAGACUCUUCGCGUGUACCUCCUCAUACACGCCGAACGAAUAAUUCCUUCAGCACUUAACAGUUGACACUAAGCAGACAUUCCUCUUCACUCAGAUCCGUGCAACUCCGAUGAGCGUAUCUCAUGGAGAAAAAAAAAAAACGAAAAAAAGAAAAAAAGGUCGCAGUAAAACCCUCGCCAUAAAAUACCCUCGGCAUAAAACGUUUCUCGGUGAGUUAGCCGAUGCUAUAAAAGUGCACGUGUACGAAAUAAACAUAACAACGAGAAAAGCAGCGGGAAAAUUAAGAAAGAAUAAGAGAGGAACGUAGUUGAAGACGGUGGAUCUUAUUCAAUGUAGUGAUGAAAAUCUUUUAUAUUAUCAUCAAAUACACGAGAACAGAAGUAGCAGGAAUCUCUCCCUCGACCCUUCGUCGCUAAAAAAUCGACGUGCCUCCUUCAACCGGUUAUUAGUUAUUUGUUUAUCAGAAUUCAAUCGCAAAAUCGAUUGUCGUCUCAUUAAAAUACUCGUUUACUAAUCAAAGAAUAUUACAUUGUAAUAAUAAUACAUUGCAAUUAAAGAAUAUUAUUCAACGGCACACAGAUGAAUCAGAUAAACAUAGUGACAUUCCUCAUGCUGUGGCAUAUGGAUAUGGGGAUAUCUCCCUACUUCAAUGUACUUGCAGAUAAUAGCCCGUUUAUUUUUUCAAUAAAUUUGUGACGAUUAUACGCGUGAUGCAUUAAUCAUAGUCAGCGGACAGUGAACUAGUGUGUAGAUCUGUCUUUGCUGGAGGGAAAGGCGCCGAGUACAUGAUAAUAAUAAAGCGUGACUAAUUGAAUUCUCAAUUGAAGUUCCAAAGAAUUCUUUCUUUUUUUUUUUUUUGUUUCGAUGCGUAGUAAAAGCAAUACGCGACAUCCUCUUCCUUCGAGAGAGUUCAUUUGGAGCGAUGAUGGAAUUGGGUGAAACGAGCGCGGGCGGCGGGGAUUUGUCAUUUUAUUAGUCCAAUCAUUGACUAGUAGGUGGCGUUAAUCCAUCACCAUCGCCUCGGCGAAGCGGCAACAUUCGUGCGCCGACUGUGACGCUCUACUGUCGUUCGAGAGCGUUUCCUUGAUCAUCAUCAACGCGUUUUAGAUCUGUGCAAUGCGACCGGCAUCGAUGCGGCGGGAGAAGCGAUCAUCAAUAUUCAAAUUUAAAGCUGGUAAUCGACCCCACGAAGACAGAUAUUCGUGGUUCAACAUAUCCAAGUUUUCGGAAUUCAUAGGAUGUCAUAAUCCUGGUAGAAAACUACCCGAACCACGUGCCAAACAUUUGAUAAACUGAUCUCCACCCGUUCAUGUGAAUUUUGCCUACUCCGCCAUGCCCCGUGAUGUCAAUUGAAAACAAAGAAAGGUCAAGUGAAUUUUUAUUUUCAUUUCUAAACAAAGUGAUACAAAGUGAGAAAAAAUAACAACUAUAUUCAGUUUCAUUGGACGCGUCCCCAAAGUUCGUUCGGACGCGUAAGAUAUUUUUUUUAUUGCAGUAUUCAGGAAGUGAGACAGUGAGACAAAAAUGUCACGUGUACAAGUACUACGACGCGGUGUGUAUAUAAAAAUGUAUUGAAAUGUGAUGAACGUCGAUGUUUGACAGCGGAGGUAAAAUAUACGAGGCGCGAAUUUACGGUGGCGUUGAAGUUUUAUCAUCUAUUCGCGGAUCGGUGGUAAUGAUAUUAAUGUCAAUUAUUUUUAAAAUGGUACAUGCGUAUACUAACAAAAACGUGACGCGAUAACUCGGAUGUAACGCAAUGGAUACAUGUUACUAUCAAAGGUGAUUUCAAUUUUCACGUGCGAUCGGAAAUUUCAAUUCCAUUGGAUAUUUCGUGCAAUUUUUGUAUCAACUGAGUGAACGAGAACCAAACAAUGAUCGGUGGUUGAGAUAUUUUGUGGUGGUUUUAUUCUUCUUCAAGGAUGAACAAGUAACAAUAAAAAAAAAAAGUAAACUAAAAUUGCUGGCCAAUAAAAAUUAAGAAUAAGGAGAAAAACCAUACAAAUCUAAACCCGACGUGGGCUCUAUGUGUGUGAGCGCGAUAGUCGAAAAGAAAACGAGCAGGAGCCGAUUAUUGUUAUAAAAAAUUCGCAGCCGUUAUCCUGCGAAGUUGUUGUCUUCCGUUUCAUUGGAACAUGAUUGAGGGAAAGGCAAAUAUUUAUCCAGCUACUGUUUGCGGACCGAUAAUCGUGAUGAUUGAUACAAACAGGCUCAGUCACAGUCUUACAACUGCGCUAAAAGAUCGGCCUCAUGGCAUCCCGGUUCAGCCGAACAGAUCGCUCCCUCUGCGGCCACCACCGCCGCAUCCGACUCGAACUAUUGUUGCAAAAUCACCGCUGAAUUCUCGGUUUAAUCAAGUUGGAUCCGACUUGGAAAAAAAAACCACGUCAAACAAUGUCCGCAACCCAUCAAAUAACAAUUUACUAAGCAUCGAUAAUAAUCGUGACAAGAAAGGGGGUGAUAAAGACAAAGAUGAAACAAAUCGACCAAGGGUUGUGGAGAUGAAUUUUUAUGAUUCGAAAGACAAAGACAUUCUGGACGAUAGAACUAGUUGGGAUAAUCCUGGUGUGAUUCGUAGAACCUCCAUGGAAAUUUUCAAAAGACACGCAUCUUCAUAUGUUAGUGAAAAGUCUGGUAAAGGUAGAAGUAAUGAAACAAGGCCGAAAUCUUCCGACUUUCCAUCAACGACAAAUACGGGGGGAAAGAAAUUCAUCAGUCCUCCCAGUAAGAGGACGCUACAAUGUAUCGAUGGUGAUUGUGAAACUUUUAGGAAAAAGAAGGCCCCCAAAGUUAAAAAGUUGGAAAAAAAAGAGUCAGUGGAAAUCAAGUGGAACAAAUCAAAGAAUCAACGGACUUAUAGUAAAUUGUUUUCACAGAUGUACAAAUAUCGUAAGUCUAAGUCUGCGCAAUCCCAGGAUUUUGGAGAAAAGACGAAUUCGUCGACACUAAACCCGGGUGAAAAGGGCGAUUGGGUUGAUACGUACAAGUCAAAAUUACCAAAUGACUCAAAAAUACCGAAAUGUCCUGUAGCUAUACCAAUUGCAGUAGCCGAUGCGAUGAACCAGCAGGAUUUAUUAUUUUCAAAGAUCAACGUACAAACAGCUCGCGACGUAAACGCAAAAGAUUUUAUUAGUGCAAAUGUGGGCAACGAAAGGCGUCAAAAAAAUGAUGUGACCACUUUCGUGAGUGACGAAGAGGAUGUAGUAACUGUGAUCGGUAAACCAAAUAUAACUCAUCGAGCAAAAACUAAUCCAACAAUCCGACAAAAUGAUGCUGCUACUUCUGCAGAUAGUCGGAGCAGAUCUGCAUCCGGUAUCAAUCAAAAUAUAUCAAAUCAAUCGAAAGUUAACUCACAGGUGAGUAGGCCAGACACCCGAGCGACUAUCAAUGAAACUGAAACGGCGUUGCCAUCCAUGCCAAUCCUAGAAAAUACACAAAAUGAUGCUUGCGAUACACUAAUACAACCUGAAAGAAUAGCAAAUCUCGAAAACCUUGACUCGACUUCGAUUACAACCUCGGCGGCAAUAAUUGAUGUCAGAGUAUUAAAUGAUGUAUCGAGUGAUGAACCACAUAACUCAACCCCGACUACACCAAAUCAAAUGGUUGAAAGUCCCUCACCUAGUGAUGGAAGUGUACCAUGCUUGAACGGUGGUACGUGGGUAAAAAUUAAAAUACCUGGACGUUCUCCAGAAUUCUUUCGGCUCCCAACUCCGCAAGUACCGUCAGAUGAUGACACAAGUAACAAAGCUAAUAAUAACCCAGUUGAGACAACAAAACCAGUAUCCUUGUUCACUGAAACCCAAUCCAUAGCGGAUGAGCCUAAAAAUAAUGAAGAGUUGAAUCACAUGAAAAUUCGAAUAAGCAGGCUAAAAGAUACUUCGAAAGCGAAUUCAACAGAGUAUCAGGUAUCUUUCACUAAAAAAGCUGAUACAGUAAUGCAACAAACGUCGUCCACAGAGAUUGCAUUUCCACUCGUAUUACCCACUGAUCACCAACAGCAGAGCGAAGACUUGAACGAAAAAGAUCAGCCACAGUCUCAGAUCCAGUGUCAAAAGCAAUGUGAUGUUCCAUGUGAUCUUGAAGUACGAUCUGCAGACACUUCAGACUUACCGGAAGCUCAGAAAACUGUAAAUCACUUGAAAGGGGACUCAAAACCCGGCUCUAAAGCUAGGUCUCGAAUUGAUGAAAAUAAAGUCAAGAGCCGCAAGAUUCAGCUCAGAAAGAGGUUGCAAAAGUUUGCUAAAGAUGAAGCGACCGUAUUGCGUAAAAUUACCCGUACGUCUGACCCAGUACGACUCACUUUCCUGAAUCAAAGACUAAAUGUUACUAGAAAAAAAAUAGAAAAUACUCAGAAGCACCUUGACAGGCUCAACAGUAUCGAGAAUGCAAUUCCCAAGUCAUUGAAAAUACAAGUCGGACGAGAUCUUGUGCAAGAAACGCCAACACCGGAUCUUGUAGAUCUUGCGGUGCAGUCACCCCUACACCCAACCAAUGAAACUGAUAAGGCUUCAACUCAAAGGAACUCAGAGGAUUUGCUACAACUUCUGAUCACGACCUUAGAAAAAGAGUUCACUCCCCAAGGCCAUUCCAGAUUGGAUGUACAACACGAACCAACUGUCCAAAACACAACUGACGAUACCACCAGCAUUACUAUUCCCGUCACUGAAAACCCUUGCCGAAAUGACAAAGAUGCGUUGGACUUCUCUUCAACCCAAUUCAGUAGACCAAAUACAGUGAUUCAAACAGCUGCGUCUGAGAUGGAUCCCAAACUCGCCGUCAGCAACUCAGAGUAUUCGAAUAAAAAAUCACCGCACGAAAGUCGCACAGCUAAUUUGGAUUACAUCGCUGAUAAUACCUCACAAUUAGAGAACCCGAUGAAAGAAAAAUUAACUACUACAACAAGAGAGUUGGAAAAUACUCAGAACCACCUCAACAGGCUUGAAAAUAUCGAGGAUCCAACUCCCAAGCCAUUGAGAAUAAAAGUCAGACGAGACCUUGUGCAAAAAACGCCAACACCAGAUCCUGUAGAUCUUGCGCUGCAGUCACCCCUACACCCAACCAAUGAAAGUGAUAAGGCUUCAACUGAGAGGAGCUCAGAGGAUUUGCUACAACUUGUGAUCACGACCUUAGAAAAAGAGUUCACUCCCCAAGGCCAGUCCGGAUUGGAUGUACAACACGAACCAACUGUCCAAAACACAAGUGACAAUACCAGCAACUUUACUAUUCCCGUUACCGAAGACCCUCGCCUGAAUGAUGAAUAUGUGUUGGACUACUCUUCAAACCAAUUCAUUAGACCAAAUACAGUGGUUCAAACAGCUGCGUCUGACAUGGAUCCCAAACUUGCCGUCAGCAACUCAGAAUAUUCGAAUAGAAAAUCACCGUACAAAAGUUGUAUAGCUACCUUGGAAUACUUCGCUCAUAACACCCCACAAUCGGAGAAUUCAAUGAAUGCUUCAACUGACCUCGCUAAAAAUCUGCCGUUCGGUGCUUCAGAUGUGACCACAGUUCCAAAAAAAGUUAAUAAGCAGCAAAUCAAUCCAAACUGUAAUUGCAAACAUUGUUUGCGAGGUGAUAAAGCUGUAACAAGGCAAAAUGCAGCUAAUCUUGACAAAAUAUCCACAUCAAGCGCGGUUCCUGCAAUGAUCAGCCGUGAUAAUACUAACAUUCACCAUCAAACUAAUUACCCUAUUCAUCGUGCCGACUAUAAGACGACAGGGAAUGUCCGUAGCCAGUUUUCCAAGGACAACGGAGGUGCAAAUAUUAAUCUAAGCUCACCAUUGCAAGGGCAUUCAGCUUUACCCCUUCCACCAACUUACAACAGGAAUCUAACUGCCCAAGGAUAUCUACCGUCUCCGGAACUCAGCCCGAAUCAUCAGAUUCCACAAUGGCCUAGCCUGCUGUCUGGUGUUCAAUCAUUAGAUCAAUUCACUCCUGACCAAGCAAGUACCGCCAAUACAUCGAUACCGGCUGCACAUUUGCAGAAUUCCCAAACUCAAGAACCUGUUAAUUUUUCCGCUUCUGCUAAUCUACCAAGCCAUGCUCAAAAUACUGAAACGAUGCAAACAAACCUGCCUCGUCACGUGAAUACUCGAAUAAUGACUGAACAGUUUCCAACACUUGCUAGUUGGGCAACACAGAUGGAUAGGGCACCUGUUAUCGUAAAACCAGUGAAUAACCCUUCAUCUCGUGCACCGAUUGGUCCCCGCCCAACGAUUGGUCAUACAGCUAAGUAUCAGAAGCCUGGUGCAGAAAAGUAUAAAAUGGACGCAACUGCCAACAACCCUCGACACCACCCUAUUGUAGGGAAUGUGUCACAAAAUUGGCUACCAAACAACUUCCCGUCUGAGCAACAAAGACAGCUUGACGGAUUCACAAAUCAAAGAAGUAGCCUUCAACAACAGCAGGGUAAUCUCCAACAACGGCCAUAUCAGACGAUGAAACCUCGCGUGCCACCAAAUUCACCGAGCUAUCACAAUCCUGCUGAUCGAUCACCUGUUUACCCUGGAGCUGAAAUAUACUCUAUGUACACGAUGCAUAUGUACCAGCAACCUGCUGGUAGAUCUCAAUACAAUCAUAGUUACGAUCCUUCUAGAAUGCAGAUUUCCAAUCAACAAAAUCUGCGACACUACUAUCCCACGCCAACUUUUGCGUGGUCAUCAGUUCCGGAAGGGUACCAGAAUCAAGUAAAUCAUGCAUCAUCAGCCAGCACUGCCGCCAUGUUAUCGCAACAACAGCCCCAGCAACGUCUGAAACCGCCUCCGUCGUACCCCUACUCGAGGAUAGCAAUGACUAACUACCAUCACGAUUACAAGAGCCCGUCGUUCAACCUUCACAAUACUAUGCCUAAUGCAGUUGACAAUCCAUGGCCUUACCCAACCUUGUAUCAAAAUCCUCCACCCUUGCCUUUGCAUCAACCUAAGGAUGCCAUGAUUCCACAUUUGCCCCAAGACAGUGGCAAUGUCACGGUUUCUGCUCCUGUAUAUAACGUUCCUCCAGCAGUAUCCGGUACGACUAUGCAGAGUCAGAUCCCUACGAAGCCCCUAGACCCUGCGGCAUCUGGGGCGAUUUCUCAUUUAGGCAAAGUUUACAAAGCUCUGAAGAGAUCUAGUACCUUGAAGUGUUCCAGAUGCGGAACGGCUGGUCCGAAAUUCAAUUGUAACGGUUGUGAAACAGCAUUUUAUUGCAACGAAAGUUGUCAGGCUCAACACUGGGCCAUCCAUUUCAUGGAAUGCGCAACAAAGAUGCCCAAGUUGAAAAAAGUCGUUUAAAUUUGAAAAUAUCAAUGAUUCAAUGGGGCCAUCAUUCUAGUGAGUUUUCCGAUAAGUAGCGAAAAGUGUUGUGCGUCACAUUGUGAGCUUUCGCUGAUUGAGCAAUGAUCGUUCGGUGCUUGUGUCUGGGCACACAAUGAGUAAACUGGAGUUAUGGGUAAAUAUUCUUUACUUUGGUUAUUUAUCGUAUUAUCAUUAAUUAAGUCGUUAUAUAUUAUACGUGUAAUACGUAGUUCGAUAUGUUUAGUUUAUUUUAAGAGUUUUCCGGUGUAUUUCGAAAUGCACAACUAUUAAAACUCAGUUAGACAACAGUAUUAUACUGUAGAUUAUUAUAGCGGUUCCUAAACGAACUGGAAUACGCGUCCUAAGUUAGUUGUAUCUACGUAUUGCAUAUUCAUGGUUACUUGAAAGUAAUUUGUAGACUACGUAUGUUACUAUUACCGCCUUUACCAUUUCAAAUUAGCGAUAACAGAGAUGACAAGAAAAUAUUUUGUAUUCAUUAUUUCAAAACGUGGAAGACGAUAUUCCGUAAAACACUGAAAAAAAAUCAAGAAUCGCCGCAGUAGGAAUUAAAGUAUCAGAUAUCUGAAAACUUUGUGUACUAAACCCUGAAUAACACAUAAAAAGGUAUUAUUUAGUUAGUUAUAAUAAUUCACAUAUUAUGAAAAUGAUAUUUUAUCCAAUACUGCAAGCCACCUGAUAGUUUUUCAAGUCUCAUGGUAAAUCGUCAUCGUAUGAUAUUCUGGCCUCAAGUUUUUUUGGUAAAAUUAAUGAAUACAAAAUAUACAGUCAGUCCUUGAGCAUUUUAAAAUGAUCAAGUAUCUCAUGUGAUUAUCGUAUUUCAUUUAUCGGGAUCUCAAUUCAUGUCAUAUUUCAAUUAUAAAAUAAAAUCUCCGGCCUCCCGGUGAUCAGUGUGUAUUGGUCGAUAUCGAAGUAAAGCCUGACUGUCGGUAUGGAUUCUAUAUUAAUAUACGUUACGCAUUAAAUAAACAGAACGUGCGGGCGAGCGUUCUUAAAAUCUAAUUCUUUCAUUUAUCUAAAACUACAAACCGUGUACGCGGUAAUUAUUAUAUGUAUCUGAAAGUCAGAUGAGAGUGGUGAUUGAUUGAUCAAUGCUAAAUAUGUGUACACACAUAGUAUCAUAUACUUAAUUGUAUUACGUAUCGGACUGAUUUUAACGUUACCAUGUAAAUACCAAAGUGUGUUAUCUAAAAUGCAAAAUAUCCUUCAGUCAAUUAGGUUUAUGCGAAAAAAAACUCAUAUAACAGAGAGGUCCUAUUAGUCAGCUUCUUUUUUACUCGAUAAGUUUUAAUUUUUCAAUUUUUUUAAUUUUAUACUUUGUUGCGUCCUAAAUUUACUAUUAGUUACUUAAUAUCCAUCUACAUAUUCAUACUUAUAUUCAUAUUCACAGUCAUAUGCAUUUCACAAUGACUGUCGAAAAUACGAGUACUACCUCAUAUGUGGUUCUUUCUACUUUUGUCGAAUGCCUAUUUUGACAAUACAACAUGCUCAUUAGAUUACCAAAUACUCUUCCUUUCUCAAAUAUAAUAUAAUUAUUAUUAAGCAGGUAUACAGUUUUAAAAUAGCGAAACAUCUGGUCGCCACAUUUCUCUCUGGUAUUUUUCGUAUACAGGGUAAUCCCGAAAUUGAGCGACACGCGUUCAUUUUAGGGUACCUUGUUGCAUUAAUUUUUAGUCAUUACCGACCUACAUUGUUUUCUCCAGUGGUACAGAAUACCUGAGGUGCUUUUCUAUGUUGUUCUACCUACCUCGAAUGGUAUAAUGUAAUGAAACGUACGAAGAGUUAGCGUGGUAAUUGGCCGAGAUGUAUAUGAUAUCAAUUCGAGGUAGACAAUAUGGGGUAGACCGACUUGGAUUUUCCCGCGGCGUUCUCAUAGAAUUUUAUAAGGGUUUCGAGAGGACAACUGUGAUGAUUUAUUGUCUUCACCUACGGGUGAAUAGCUUCUUUUUUUUAUUUUGUUCUAUUCAAACAUCUAAAAUGGAUUGUACUACCGCGGGGUUGAGAUUUUCCGGGAGAUUUCUACGAAGGUUGCCAAUAGGGUUGCAUUUUAUUAUUACCUGAUUCUCAUAAGCCUAGGUAUUCAUUAGUACCGCAAUACGAUAGGUUUUCAUUCAUGUGCUAACCACCCCCUGCCACUUCUUUUCUCUUCCUUUUUCCGGGGCCUAGUGUGAGAGGCCGUUUCGUAUCUUGAAUGGUAAAUCUCCCGUGCGUACAAAUUACAUGUAAGUAGUUUUAAAUCUAUGAUGUACCUAUUGCAGUUUCAAUUUUUCUUUUCCUUCUCUUCGUUUGUUUACCGGAUUUAGGAGCUUUGCCAGGCGACAAAUUUUGUGAUACGAAAAUGUGUGAUUUUUCAAAAUUUAUUUCAACAAUCUAUUCGGCAUUCACGGUGACAUCGUUGAUAUAUGUUAUUAUAUAUUACCAAUUAGUUUUGGUAUUUCCGAUCGAUGUUAUGUUUGAUGUUUCAUAUCAAUUAUUAACAACCGAUUGAAAAUAUAUAAUAAUGAUAAUAUAAGCAGACCCAGUAAUGUGACCACCCCUAAAAAUUACGAAAUGUUACCUGAUGUCCGUAAAAAAAAAAAAAAAACAAAAAAAAAAACUGGUGUAUAGACACGAAUAAUUGUUGAUUGUUGUACCGAUAAAAAGAGAGUCAAUAAAUUUAAUGUUCACUAUUUACGAAGAUCAAUGUACCCUACAUCAUCACUCCUUAUGAAAUGAUAAUUAUGAGUCUGAACGCAUCUAUAAUUCGUGAACUCGUGUUCAACACCUGCGUACAUACGAGUUAAUAAGCAUAUUUCACGAAGUAUGUUGAGUCUCCCGGCUGACAUUAGUUGCGACGAAUUUUGAAGGAAUGCUAUAGCAUCGGUUGAGAUUUGUUUUCUUUCACCUACUGCUGUGCUUGGUAUUUGUGAUUGCCAUGUUUGGAUCGUUGGAAUUUAUAUGGUAUAAUCUACUCGGCGGUCGAAGUGAAUACGGGUAUUUUAUUUUAUCAAGAUUCGAUCAUCCUUUUGAGAUAUUCUCUUAUCAGAGAUGAAGCCUGCUUCAUUGCUCAGUCUGAGGAAAAUUACAAACUCGAUGGUACUCACAGUUUUAAUCCGUGGCACAGCUGUUAUACACCUGUAUGGUUUUCAGCUCUGAAGACUGCAUCUGUUAUAACCGUAUGUCCUACCAGUUACACUUUUUUUCUGAAAGAAGUACAACAAAUUAACGUAAUUGCGUUGCUUCGAAAUCAGUAUACAAUUCAUAGCUGAGGGACUAACCAUAUAAGGAAAACAUAGGUAUUCGUGGACACUUGCGAUUUACCUAAUCAACAACGUGUCAAGGAGGCAUCCACAAAACUGGUGUCCAGGGGUACACGAAUUUACAUAAUUUAAUCCAUUGUCAUUUUUCGAGCCAUGUAUGAAUUAAACGAAGUAACAAACA